UUUAGAUCUUCUGCCCCUUUUUACUUUGGGUCAGCCUUUACCAGCAAGAGAUGCUGAGGACUAUUCCCUGGGGAAUUUGCUGGUGCGGGAAGGGGGAGGCUUUCCUUCCAGGGUUCCCAGCAGUAACAGAGGGCCCGGCUUGUUUUCCAGGUGGAAUGGAUAGCAGGGUUUCAGGCACAACCAGUAAUGGAGAGACAAGACCAGUAUACCCAGGCAUGGAAAAGGCGGAGGAGGAUGGCACCCUGGAGCGGGGCCAGUGGACCAACAAGAUGGAGUUCGUGCUGUCCGUGGCCGGGGAAAUCAUUGGGCUGGGCAACAUCUGGAGGUUCCCCUACCUCUGCUACAAAAACGGGGGAGGUGCCUUCUUCAUCCCCUACCUCAUCUUCCUCUUCACCUGCGGCAUCCCCGUCUUCCUCUUGGAGACAGCGCUGGGCCAAUACACCAGCCAGGGGGGCAUCACAGCCUGGCGGAAGAUCUGCCCCCUCUUUGAGGGCAUCGGCUACGCCUCCCAGAUGAUCGUGGUCCUCCUCAACGUCUACUACAUUGUCGUCCUGGCCUGGGCCCUCUUCUACCUCUUCAGCAGCUUCACUGUCGACCUGCCCUGGGGGAGCUGCCGCCACCACUGGAACACAGAGCACUGCGUGGAGUUCCAGAGGACCAACGGCUCCCUGAAUGUGACUUCCGAGAACGCCACCUCUCCUGUCAUCGAGUUCUGGGAGAGGCGCGUCCUGAAGAUCUCGGAUGGCAUCCAGCAUCUGGGGGCCCUGCGCUGGGAGCUGGCCCUGUGUCUCCUGCUCGCCUGGGUUAUCUGCUACUUCUGCAUCUGGAAGGGGGUCAAGUCCACGGGCAAGGUGGUAUACUUCACAGCCACGUUUCCUUACCUCAUGCUGGUGGUCCUGUUAAUUCGAGGAGUGACGCUGCCAGGGGCAGCUCAAGGAAUUCAGUUCUACCUGUACCCAAACCUCACGCGACUGUGGGACCCCCAGGUGUGGAUGGACGCCGGCACCCAGAUCUUCUUCUCCUUCGCCAUCUGCCUCGGGUGCCUGACGGCCCUGGGCAGCUACAACAAGUACCACAACAACUGCUACAGGGACUGCAUCGCCCUCUGCUUCCUCAACAGCGGCACCAGCUUCGUGGCCGGGUUUGCCAUCUUCUCUAUCCUGGGCUUCAUGUCUCAGGAGCAGGGGGUGCCCAUCUCUGAGGUGGCCGAGUCAGGCCCCGGCCUGGCUUUCAUCGCUUACCCCAGGGCUGUGGUGAUGCUGCCCUUCUCUCCACUCUGGGCCUGCUGCUUCUUCUUCAUGGUCGUCCUCCUGGGGUUGGACAGCCAGUUUGUGUGCGUGGAAAGCCUGGUGACGGCACUGGUGGACAUGCAUCCCCGUGUGUUCCGUAAGAAGAACCGGAGGGAGGUCCUCAUCCUCGGAGUGUCUGUCACCUCCUUCCUCGUGGGGCUGGUCAUGCUCACAGAGGGCGGUAUGUAUGUGUUUCAGCUCUUUGACUACUAUGCAGCCAGUGGCAUGUGCCUGCUGUUCGUGGCCAUCUUCGAGUCCCUCUGUGUGGCUUGGGCCUAUGGAGCAGGGCGCUUCUAUGACAACAUUGAACACAUGAUUGGGUACAGGCCAUGGCCCCUCAUCAAAUACUGCUGGCUCUUCCUCACACCAGCCGUGUGCACAGCCACCUUCCUCUUCUCCCUGAUCAAGUACACCCCACUGACCUACAACAAGAAGUACAUGUACCCGUGGUGGGGCGAUGCCCUGGGCUGGCUCCUGGCUCUCUCCUCCAUGGUCUGCAUUCCCACCUGGAGCUUCUACAAACUCAGCACCCUCAAGGGCUCUCUCAGAGAGAGAGUUCGCCAGCUCAUGUGCCCAGCUGAGGACCUGCCCCAGUGGGACAGGGCAGGACCCUCUGCCCCGGCAACACCCAGGACAUCACUUCUCAUACUCACAGAAGUGGAGUCUCACUGCUAGGGGGACAGGCCCUGGGACAGUCCAGUAAGCCUGGCUAUGGGGACAGUUGCAGAAGGAAAGGGCAGCAGCAGCCCCACUGUGUUUCUUUGCCCCACCGGGGUGGGCAAGACAAGAGGGGACAUUUUGGAAUCCUCCUCCUGAGCUGGGCUUCCACCCCAGGUCCUCUGCUGCAGGGGUGGCUGGACCGGUGUGAAGGGCCAGUAUUAAGGGGACUUGGGAGGCUGCGGGAGGGACAGGAGCUCUUUUUGGCUUCACUUCAUUCCAUUAAAUCCACCUUCUUCCCACCAGCUGCUAGCACUUCUGCCUGGUUCCUGCCCCACCUCACUUGCUGCCUUGACCACCCCCUGAUUUUUAAAGUGGGCCCUUAGGCCCGCCCCCUCCCUCUCCCUUCCGGCACCCCUCCCCCCAGGUCCUCCAUCACAAGACCCUCCGGCAGAUGGGCCGGCUCACCUCUAUCCCCGCACCCGCUUCACCCCGCCCCAGUCCCUCCCCUCCUCCUUCACUUUGUGGAUAAGAAAGGCAAUAGAGGGGGGGGGGACAAGGAAGGAGGCCCCUGAGCCCUCGCUGGAGGAGGGAGGAAAAGGUGGUGAGCUUCUUCCCGCCCGAUUUCCCUUGCCGUGUCCUUGUCUGACCCCAGCCGCCAAAACGGUGUGUGUGCGCGCCCAGGGCUUGGUGCUAGGGGCGCGAGAGAGCGACAGCGGUGACCGCUGGCCCCAGGCUGCAGGUCCGCGAAGCUCUGGCAGAGCGGGGCACUAGCCGGCUCGGCCAGCAGAGGGAGCAGCUUCUCCGGGACCAUCACCGCGCAGCUCGGCCCGCAGGAUGGACUCCGACGCCGCCACGAGGGGUGGCACCGCGGCAACCUCCGCUGGGCUGCAGGGCCUGGGCGCUUGGAUCGCCUGACAGGAGACAGGUGGAAGGCAGAGCCUUUGCGCCCUCGGGGCAAUGGACGUGGCCUCGGCCCUGCAGCGCCUCUCUCCGGGAACGUGUGUGGAGCGGGAGUGGGGAAUGCGGGCACACAGCGCAUUUCUCCCCGACCCGUGGAAGUUCGCUUCUGCCCGUAUCCCCAUCUCUGUUCAGAUGGCUCUUCUUCCAGGGCUGUUCCCGGGAGGGGGAUUCUUAGAGCUGCAGACCGAGGUGCACAGUAUUCCCUGGGUGAUUUUCUUAGUUUUUUACUUGUCAGGUAGUGGGAACGUGCACUGAAGGCUUUGCCUGAAAUCUUUGGGUUUUGAUUCUUUGUUGUUGGGAGCGUUUAUAAAAAUCAAUGACAGCAGCCCUACUGUGUGUCAGUCCUGGCGGCUCCUUCCUGGACAGUGACUGGCUGUGCACUCCCAUCCCCACCCUCCAGGGUGCCAGGCUCAAGAGGGUCCUAAGAUGGGAGAAAUAAGUCUGCUGGAGAAACAGGCAGGAACUGGAGGUACCACACCUGGCAUCCCCACCCAUCUGAGAGCAUGUGCGGUGCACUUGCUUUCUGAUGCUGUGCUGUGCUCAGGACCCACGGGAGCAAAAACAGAUGCAUCUCUUGAAGGACAAAUACUAUGAGAGAAGAGCGCAGGCUCUGAGAAAGAACAAGUGGAUGUGGGAAGGAUGAUCUAGUUCAGGGGGUCUGGGAAGGCUGUUCUGAGGGUGAGAUAUGUCUCUUUCACCAUCUGACCGAAGUUGCAAGACCCUGGGAGGCCAGGGAGGUGGGCCAGUCAGUUGUGGAGAUUGGCAGCUUUGUUAAUGUCAGGACAAUGUGAACCAGGAUCAGGAGGUAUGGGUUCUAGUCCUCACCUGCUGUGGACCUGCUGGUUUCUUUGUGGAAUUCGGGUCUUCAUUUUCUGCAGAGAUGAUACUGUGCACCCCACCUACACUCGGGUUUGUGGACAUAUUUCAAGCAAAUCCAUCCUAUUCUCCACGACCCUACUCCCCCCUGCCCCACACUGGGCUGUCAGUGAAACAGAAAAGCCCAGAAAGAGCUCAGAGACCUCUUGCUGCCUCUCUGGCUUUCCCAGCCCCAGGCAUCAGGCUUUAUUGGACCCCAGAAAGAAGGCUACACAUUUCUGACCUAAGCAUUUUUCCUAGGAGGCAGGAGAGAGGAGCUAAAAUAUCCUGCAUGCUCUGGCCCGAGGGUCCUGCUCAGCACCAGCAGUUUUGUCCAAGAAAAGCAAGACCUGAGUCCUCCAAGCCCUGUUCUUUCCCCUGAUUCUGGGAGAGCAAUGCCCUCCCAGAAGAGGGAAGACCGGGAUCAUUUUUUUC